AUGAGUGCGACCUCGGCAAACAGCAGCCUUCUGACUUUGAACCAAUCGGAAGAACUAGUGGAUUUGCCAAAAGACUACCCCUUGAGCGCCAGUGAAGAUGAAGGGGACGGUGACGGAGAGAGGAAGCAUCAAAAGCUUCUGGAAGCAAUCAGUUCCCUUGAUGGAAAGAAUAGGUGGAAAGUGGCUGAGAGAUCGGAGGCCAGUCUGAAGGUGUCAGAGUUCAAUGUCAGUUCUGAAGGAACAAGAGAAAAGCUGGGCCUUUCAGACCUGCUUCAGCCCAUUAAAACAUCGCCUUCCUUGGCCACUGUGAAAAAGCAACUGAAUAGAGUCAAAUCAAAGAAAACGGUGGAGUUGCCCCUUAACAAAGAAGAGGUGGCGCGGAUCCAUAGAGAAGUGGCAUUCAAUAAAACCUCCCAAGCUCUCUCUAAAUGGGAUCCUAUUGUUGUAAAGAACCGGAACGCAGAGCAGCUGGUCUUUCCGCUGGAGAAGGAGCAGGCAGCCUUUGCUCCCCUGGAGCAUAUGCUCGGUGGCUGGAAGGCAAGAACGCCCCUGGAGCAGGAGAUUUUUAAUGUCCUCAACAAGAACAAGCAACCCGUGACAGACCCUCUACUGACACCAGUGGAAAAGGCCGCUCUCAGAGCUAUGAGCCUGGAAGAGGCUAAGAUGCGCCGAGCGGAGCUCCAGAGGGCCCGGGCCCUGCAGUCCUACUAUGAGGCCAAGGCUCGAAGAGAGAAGAAAAUCAAAAGCAAAAAAUACCACAAGAUUGUGAAGAAAGGAAAGGCUAAGAAAGCCCUGAAAGAUUUUGAGACUCUGCAGAAGGUCAAUCCAACUGCAGCAUUAGAAGAACUGGAGAAAAUGGAAAAGGCUCGGAUGCUGGAGCGAAUGAGCCUUAAGCACCAGAACAGUGGGAAAUGGGCCAAGUCCAAGGCAAUCAUGGCCAAAUAUGACCUAGAGGCUCGCCAAGCCAUGCAGGAACAACUGGCCAAGAACAAAGAGCUGACACAGAAACUCCAGGCAGUAUCUGAGAGUGAGGAAGAGGAGGGUGGCGUAGAAGAGGAUGGACUCCUUAUCCCUGAUGUCGUGAACGAAGUCCAAGUGAAUGCAAAUGGGUCGAAUCCCUGGAUGCUCCGAAGAUGCACCAGUGACGUGAACGAGAUGAAAAUCCAGAAGGACCCGGAACAACUCUCCAAGUCUAUGGCCUACGAGGAUUCAGAAAGUGAGGAGGAAAAGAGUCCAGUAGCAGAAGAGACCUUAUUGAGAGAAAUUGAGAAAAAACGAUCCCUUAGGGAAAGGUCUAAGCUCAACCAAGACAGUAAGCCUGUAGGCAGUCAAGAAGCACAAGAUGCUAACAGCCAGGAGGUGCUAUCGGAAUUGAGGGCGCUGUCUCAGAAACUUAACAAGAAGACCCAUCAGACCCAGAAGCCGAAAGGGAGUUCCUUGGGGACCGCUCCCCCAGUCCAGACAGAGGAACCGUCCCUGGAGGAGGAGGAGCCCCUGUUGUUGCAGAAGCCACAGAGAGCAACAACUCUGGAAGACCUGGAAGAGCUGAGCAAAGAAGGCCAUUCCGGAAACACGGAGCUCCCCAGACGUGCAAAGCAAGAGCAGCAAGCAGAAAAGAAGCCAGACGAUCAGCCUGAUGCUCCGAAGAAGAAUAGGAAGUCACAAAUGAUCAGUCUUCAGAACCUCCUCACCACCAAACCUCCUUCCGUGAAGUCUCUGGCAGCUCCCACAACCAUGGAGUUGGAAGAUGAAGACGAGAGCUACCAAAAACAGAUGAUAAAAGAAGCAUUUGCUGGGGAUGAUGUCAUCCGAGAUUUCUUAAAAGAGAAGCGGGAAGCUGUGGAGGCUUGUAAGCCAAAGGAUGUGGACCUGACGCUGCCUGGCUGGGGCGAGUGGGGUGGCGUGGGUCUGCAGCCCAAUGCCAAAAAGCGGCGCCGGUUUCUCAUGAAAGCCCCUGAGGGUCCUCCAAGAAAAGACCAGAAUUUGCCGAAUGUGAUUAUCAAUGAGAAGCGCAACAUUCACACCGCGGCUCAUCAGGUCCAUGUGCUUCCGUACCCAUUUACCCACCAUCACCAGUUUGAAAGGACCAUCCAGACCCCUAUAGGAUCUACAUGGAAUACUCAGAGGGCCUUCCAAAAGCUGACUGCUCCCAAGGUCAUCACCAAGCCAGGCCACAUCAUUAAACCAAUCAAAAACGAGGAUGUGGGCUACCGGUCUUCCUCAAGGUCCGACCUCUCUAUGGUACAGAGGCAUCCCACACAACUCUCCAUCCGACACAAGAAACAGCUGAAGAAACACUCUGUUAACUGA